UUGUGCUCUAGUGCUAAUAGCUCGUACAGAAAACACCAAAUCUGAAGGAGUACUAACCUCGGUCCGUCCAGAAGCUGUCGUUGCGCGCAACAUUCGUAAUCAAGUAAGUUGCUUUCAAGACACCCCCACAGGAUCUUCAUCAAGACCCCCAGCUCAUUUUUGACUCUUUCCAUUGACUGUUUCUUUUUCUUGACGUUACUAUUUUUCUUUCACUUACUCUUUCAACACUUUGUCUUGACUCCCCCAUAAGUGUUACCGGACACAGCUCAUCUCCUGUAUCACACCCUCACAAAAAUGGGUCGCGGACAACAUGUCGAGUCCGGGCCGGAGGUCCAGCUGCGCGAAGGCCAAAUGUUGGCUGGAAAGCAGUUCAAGAACUGGGAAUUCCGGUGCGGCAAGUACCGUUCCAUGUACGGCCAGCGUAGCGACCGAUGGCUAAAAGAGCAGACCAACCAGUUUAAGAAACGCGGACAGCGGGACGUGGAAGCCUUCCUGCAACAGCGGGCCGAGAGGUUUGCAGUGCUAACCCGGGCGGACGAUAUUUGGGAAAAAAAGGGGAAGAAAGUCGAGCCCAAAGCCGAGGACGAGGACGACAGCAAGGACCAAGCAAAAGGUAUUGAUUAGCGUGUAGUAAAACUCCAACUUCUUGAUCACUUCUGUCUUGUACUGCCAUCCUAUACCCAGCAAGGAUGAAUGUACUUACUUUUUUCCGAAAAAAUAGUUUGUGAGUUUUGCUGAUCAUGAUCCCAUGAGUUGAAAAGUCGCUCUUAAUUUUUACUUUCCAACAUUUUCUCAGGUGCCGCCCCCUCCCCUACGUCCGCUAAAACCGCGACUACUGCGCCCUCCCCGAUCGUUUCCCCUACCGCAUCCUCGCAAAUUGAGACCCCCACGAAGCGCCAGACGCCGUCCCCCUCUGGCGGCAGCGCGUCGAGCCUGGUGCUGGGAUCUUCCGCUUCCUCCAGCGCGACCCCGGGGCUGGAUCUCCCGUUCGACGUCCACGGCUUUCCCACCGACAGCUUUGUCUCGCAGCAGGAAGCGAACCGCACCUCAGGGCGGAAAUGGAAGCAGACGGCGAAGUAUCAAAUGUAAAAAUGUCUGGGUCUGGAAGAAUCAUGCUGCUUUUGCAUGACACAGAAGGUCUGGCAUGGAAGCUCUAGCAUCACAGGUUUCGAGAAGCGUUCGCAAUGCCGAAUCUGCAUGACAAAUCCCUGACUUUGGUGACAGAAAAUGGGCAACUUUUGCUGCCUAUGCAUGAGAGAUUUUUCUGUGUUCUGAAAUGCGCAUCACACCUUCCAGACCCAGACAUUUUUACACUUGAUACGAAGGAUAAGAUCGGCGGGCCAAUAAACCUAGCGGAGCGGACGCACCCGGAAAGGCAAGUGGCCAUGAACCCCUAUGGCCAUUUUGAAACGAACGAGACGGUAGGCGUCAUUGGCGGGGAGAAGGUACAUCUACUUGUAGGUUUUUUUUUCUUUUUUACGAAUAAAUACCCUCAAAAAAAGAUAUGGUGCGCUUUUUUUGCCCGAAUGCCGUUUUUAGCAGUAGCUAUUCUGGCUACCCGGGUGAAGGCUUUUCCUUAGGUUGUAUAUCCGCUCAGGGCAGUGGUGAGCCGGGCUGGUGCUCGGACGCGGCUUCAACCCGCGGGGGGCGGUGACGCCCAGGGGUUCGAUUCCUCCUCCGCUGCGUUUUUAUUUCCAAAACGCCGCGGGGGAGGCAGCGAGCGUCCGCGUCCGCUGCCGCCCGCCGCCCUCAUCCUUUGCGCCACCUUGUAGCAGGGUCGCGCGCCGCGCCUUUUCGUGUGUAUUGUAAGCUUGGCCCCAUCUUCUACAUCUACUAUUUCUCUCCUUCCCCUCUCAACAGGUGCCGCAGAGUCAGACCGCCGUCCUCCUUUCGAAGGAUAGCAGUACAACGUACCGGCUGCAGAACCAGAAGAUUCCGGAGGUGAAGGACCUAAACAAAACCGCGAAGUUCAUGCGCGGGGCGGUAAAGCCCUUCCUGGCCAUGGACGACCCACACGGACACGGAUACCAGCCGUCGAAGCACCUGCAGCUGCUGUCCAAAACCCAACUGGCCGAAGCCAAAGAUAUCCUCGGGGACCGCUACAAGGUCCGAAAAACGUUUCUGCAGCCCUGGAAGUUCGGCCCACAGAGGAUUUUCACGCACAAAAUGGAAGACGUCAAGAAGGAGGAAAACAUGAUGGCCUUUUACGAGGCGGAAAUUGAAAAGGCUGCGCAAGUGGCCCGGACUAGCAACAACUGGGCGCGGGAGCGGAGGCUCGGCGAAAUGAGUAAGCUGAACACGCUAUCAAGACUACUGCGCCGCACAGUGGCGUCGGGGCAGGCGUUCGCGCCGAACGUGUUGGAGUCAAGUACCUUCGGAGUCGCGAAAACGACGUCGUAAAGCGGGGAGGCUUUUCAUAUCAGGAAAAGAUCCACCACAUGUCUGUGAGGAUCGAAUGUAAUAAACGCUUCGCAAGUUUUUGUAGUAAGGCCCACUGAAUUUAUUCACCCCAUUCCCACUCGCAGCAUAAUCUUUCCCUUUCCUUACGUCAUUGUCUUCGGGUGCAGGUAGGUACAUGUCUUUACCCCUGUCUUGAAGAAAUGACAAGUCCGCGCGAUCGAGUCGCACUUUGGAACAUAAAGAUUGAGAUUCUCUGGAAUUUCUGCCGCAUUUGAACCUUGUCUCUUUUGUCACACUAGCUGCACGCAGACGCAGACGUACUCUCACUCAC